GUUACGUAGCACACAGCACUGGUAUUCCACAAUUCGGCCGGUAUGUACGUAUCGUAAUUCGUGUUCAAAGCGGAAUUAAAACAGUGAAAUGUCGCAUUAUUCCUACAAAACUGCAGGUCCGGUGGCCCCGGCGCCGGUGGCCCCGGGCCGACUGCGGCUGUUCCACGUGGACAUGAACCCGUAUGGUCACCGCGUGCUGCUGGUGUUAGACGCCAAGCGGGCCAGCUACGAGCUCUGCGUGCUGGAUCCGCUGCGGCUGCCCGAAUGGUUCAAGGCCAAUAACAAGAAAAACAAGAUCCCAGUCCUGGAGGUUCCGCGACAGGAGGGAGAGCAGUACCUGUUCGAGAGCGUGGUCAUCUGCGACUACCUGGACCAGAUUAUCACCAGAAACCCGCUACACUCCACGAACGCCUUCAGGAAAGCGCAGGACAGACUGCUGAUCGAGAGGUUCAAUGAGCUCAUAAAAGGCACGCUGGAAUGCUUCGACACCAACUUCGAGUUCGGCAGCGAGCAGAUCGUGCAGACCAUUCAGGUGCUGGAGGACGAGCUCAUCACCAGGGGGACGAAUUACUUCGGCGGCUCCCGGCCUGGUAUGGUGGACUACAUGAUCUGGCCGUGGGUGGAGCGCCUGUACCUCAUCAGGGCCAUCAGUCCCGGCAAGUUCGACGCCAAGAGGAAACUGUUCCCCAACUUCGCGGACUGGGGUGACCAAAUGAUGGCGGACGAGGUGGUCAAGAAGCACGCUCGCACGCCCUACGAGUAUUUGGAGUAUUACAAGAACGCUAGGACUCAUUCCAUGGGAUAUUACUUAUAAUGACUGCAACGUAUGAUAUGAGUACAACGAUAAACUCUGAGAACUCUCCUUUAAGAGCCGACCGAAGGACUAGCAUCCAUGGUCAUGAUGUAAAUUUAAAAAAAAUUGUUCAGGUGUGUUGGCAGAGUGAGUGAUCUAACACUCAAGUGAUUAUCACGGUCGCCUAUUCCAAAAAAAAAAAAAUAACAGUGGUGGAUGAAUUGUUAAGUUUGUUGCAAGGACUCGUCAUUAUAAGUUAUCUAUUUAAUUAUAACGCAGUUAAACCGUUUAGAUAGACAAUUAUGCGCAUGGUCUUCCAUGGGGUUUUACGAGUGUGAGUUAAAAUCAUAUAAACAUAAUAAUAUUAGUAUAUUUUGAAGUAUGUACAAAAGAUAUAUGGUGUAUCAUACUGUUUAACAAAAAGUAAAAUCUUUUAGCGUACAAAGAAUAUCACAAUAAUUGUUCCCCAUAUUUACAUCACAAUUUUUCUUUUUUUUGAGUUUUCCCGUGCCGUUUGGCAGUUUAAUUUUAGCAAUGUUACAAUUAAUCUUAGUGUUUACUUAAUUAAGAUAAUUUUUAACGUGUUCGAUACAAUUAAGUUUUAAAAUAUACAUGUGUACCUAUACAAUAAAUACAGAUGGGAUUUUUAUUGAUCAAUUCUAUAAUCGUAUGAUUUAAUUAUAUUCUAUUAUAUAAACAUCUAUAUUUAUUUUGAUGUAUGUGUGGAUUACGUAUUCAGCCGCCAUCAGGGACGUUAAAAUCACUUUAACUCGAGUUAUGAGUUCAAAUCCCAUGUUAGUAAACUCUAGUUGUUGCACAAUGAUUCGCAUUUUGAGAUUAACAUUGUGUUGAUUUAUAUUUAAUUAAUAUACAUAUCUAAAUCAGCUGAAUGAUGUACACUUUUGUUUGUCUAUUUAAUUGACAACAUCCUCUACCAACUUUCUCCGCAUUUGUUUCUUUCGCUAUCCUCACAGAGUACAUUAUAUAAUAUAGGCUAUCCUAGACCAUGUUUUGUCCUUCUCGUUUCCUUAUUAGGUUUCUGGGAUACCAUUCUGUGCAGGAUUUAUCCAAUGUAAAAUACAUUUAUAAUACUUUAAGUGACAUUAUUUGUUUUCUCUUGUAUAAAUAUUAUGUAUCUUGUUCUGUCUCUGUUAUUAAUUAUGUUUUUUAAUCUGUGCUUGAGUAGGCGACAAACUCUGACAGAUAUGAUUUUAAUAACCCCUUUUUCAAAACAUUUUACAAAUACGUGACACAUAUCAGGCCAGAAAUAUUAUUAAAACACGAAUAUAAUAAAUAGACGAGUUAAACAUAUUCGUUAUUAACCAACAACAUUAAUCUUAGUUCAUUUAGAUCAGACCGCAACAAAUGGCGCCAUUUCAUGUUAGAGCGGCUCGAUCUGGCCUAAGAAGUAAUAAUAAUAAUAAUGAUAUCGUAACGCUCCAGUAAACACGUAUGGCGUAGCGAACCGUGCGUUAGACUCAAAGAUGGAUACCACAUGUGGCUGAAAUUUCAGGCAGCUUGUAUUUAUUUCAUAUGUAUCUAAUUUAUAUUGUAACCUAGUUGUAAGGUGAUGUUGUUUGAGGUGAUCUAGCAUUUGUACUUAUUAUUAUCAUGAUUGGAGUUCUAUCAGGGUGAAAAUGUAUGUAUGCCAGGCACCAACAAACUGUGGGAAAUAUUCCUCAGUCUGACAAUUCCCUUGUCUAGCAGUUCUGAAAAAAUGUCAUAAAAUAACGUAAUAUUAUAUUCGCUUUGUUGGAACUUCGAUGAUAUACCUACAUGUAUUUAAGGAUCUGUUGAUAUGUAUAGUAUAAGAAAAUAUAUUUAAAAUUAAUA